AUGAAACCAUCGCGUAGUAUUAAAAUCAAAAUGCAGAUAUUUCUUCUGGUGGCAACAAUUCUAUUGAAUAUCUUACAACCGGGUAUUGCUGCUUAUUUAAGAUGUUACAAAGGAUCACUGGACAACUUUUUAAUAGCUCCCUUGAAUAAACCGCCAUCAAUCAACUCGACAUGCUUCGAUCACAAUCUACCAACGAUAAUCUACACGUUUGGUUACCGCGGCAAAGUCAACGGACCCGCUACUUUAGCGAUAAUGGACGCCUACCUGGCAACCAGGAAGAGGAAUGUCAUUCUUCUCGACUGGGAAGAAGAAGCGAAGGGUGGUGUUCUCGGUCUACCACUAGGAUACGCGUUAUCAGCUGUUCCUAACGCUAAAAAGAUUGGUCAAGAGCUAGGAGAAACUCUGAUAACAAUGGCUCGGUCUGGCAUGAACAUGUCACAGAUCCACCUUCUGGGGCAUUCACUUGGGGCACACAUUAUGGGAUACGCCGGCAAGAGAGCCAGAGAAAACGGCCAUGUCGUAUCACGUAUAACCGGAUUAGAUCCGGCGCGUGCCCUCUUCGAGGGAUCGUUUGCUCUUGGCAAUGGUGUAGAUAGAACCUGUGCGAGGUUCGUCGACAUAGUGCAUAGUGACCCCGGCGGUUACGGCACCAGUACAUCAUCAGGAACAGUGGAUAUAUGGCCUAAUUACGCCGGUAGCGGUGGCACGCAACCCGGCUGCCCUAAUGGCGACUUCGAUAUGUUCAGCUCUGAAGACUUAUGCAGCCAUGAUCGCGCAUGGCGUUACUUCGUGGAGGCGAUAUCUAAGCCCACAGCAUUCCCCGCAGCUUCAUCGCCCGACUAUGACACCUGGACAACGGGCCGGCAAACCGGACCCACCAUUUACUUGGGAGACUUGAUAAGCACACGUGCCAGGGGCAAUUUUUACCUGACAACAAACUCCGCUCCGACUUUCGGCAAAGGAACAGAAGGUUUGAAGCCAGACGACAACCAAACCAGGAAGAGGAGGAACCCCACGUUAACGAGAUUGCUUAAAUACCUCAGGUGA